UCUUUUCGCCUCCGGUGGUGAGGGCGGUUGUUGAGAUGGGUGGUCCUUCGAAAGGUGGGAAGGGAAAGAAGCCGGAGAUCAGCGAUCAUCUACUUACUGUUCGCCGGCGCCUCCACGAUGCGCUCUCCCUCGGCAUGAGGUACUUGGUCUUCUAAUUUCUUAAUCAUCCUUUGUUGCUAUGCAAUUUCCCAAUCAUGUUCUUUCCUUUGUCUCUGUUUGUGUUCGUGAAUCAAGUGAUAGUAAUCAUUUUCCGUUGGUCAACACGCCUUUCCGUGCAAGUAGACUUAAUUUUGAAGUCGGAUAACCUUGGCGGUUGGUGGUUCUCAUAGUAUGGGAAUUGGUUCUUUGAUCAAUUUGUUUUUCCCUUUUUUUUUUAAUACAAAAAAAGCUUUUUGCCUUAUAGGCCAUUUUAUUUUAGGGCUUACUUGAGUUCCUCAUUUAUUAUUCCUUCGGAAAGAGUAUAUUUAAUCUGAGUGUUAAGGGUUGUCUGUCCUUCGUUAUUCUUCCAACCUUUUGCAUCUAGAAGUUUCUUCCCCUCAGAAUUAUUUCUUUUAGAAAAUUUCGUACAAUUUUCAAUGACAUAUAUUCCCUAAAAAACAUGGUUGUGAGAAGUCUGUGUUUGCUUUUUUUUUUUAAUGGGAAAUAAAGAUUUUAGCUUGUACUGCAGUGUGAAUAUCAGCAAGAGUAUGGACUAGCUUGAAACUUUGAGGGUAACUUGCUGCAUUUAUCUAGGUUGGAUGAAUAAUAUAUGAUGGAUGACAAUGGAACAAGUUAAAUUUGUCUCCUUUUAGUUUGGAGCUAAAUAAUCUCAUACAAUUGAAACUUUUUGUUAAAUGAUAUGACUUGAAGAAUAUUAUGUACUUUUAGUAGAAAGUGAAGUUAUUCCAUCUUGUCAAGGCUAUUGGGAUUGAGGUCCUAUGUAGCAACCAUGAGGAAAUAUAGGAUUGAAUCACAGGUUCACAAGAUUCUAGGCUAAUUCAGAUCCUACUUAAACUCUAGAUUGCUGAGGUCUGUUUGGGUUGUAAGAUCUUAAGUUCCAUAUCAUCAUCUUAACUAUCAUGGUUGGAAUCAACAUUAUCUAGAUACCACAAGUAGGAUCUACCCAGAGGAAGGUGCUGUAAUCUUUCACUUUGGGUCAUCCUUAAAUUGACAUUGAUGUACCUUUAAUGCAUAAAUCACCCGCACCAUGAAGCCACACAACAAAAUGUUUUUUAUGGUAUAAGUAAUACAUCAAAUACCUUGUGUGGCAGUGUUACCAAGGAUAGAACACAAUGUGAUCAAAACCAAUGAACACAAAAGAAAAGGAACAUGAGCGAUAUAACAUGAUUAAACAUAAGUCUUACCAGAAUGCUAGCUUGUUAAAAGUGCAAAGAACCUAGAGAAACCUUCGCCUACUUCUUGUAUAAAAGCUGUCAACACUUCCUAGACUCCUCUCUUAAUACUGGUUUAAAAAAAAACCCAGCUCAUAUAACAUGUUCCUCUGAUAUCAAUAAUUCUCUCUAGAGAAGAAAAUCUUUCUGCAAAAGCUCUUUAGUUUCCAAUAGCCUCUUAACAGAUUUCGAUGUGCCAUUCAGCUCAUGGUGCUGACCUAGAUGAAAACUUGUCAUACAAUGCAUUCCUAGGUCACAUACAACCUUAAACACACGUAUGGGGCUUGGCAUAGUUGGCUACCAUGUCUCACACUCCCUAUGCUAGCAGCUAGUUUCUCCAACACUUUAGGCCAUUGUUGGUCUAGUACAUGCCCUAUGCAGAGCCUAGGCUUUGAGUCAGUCUGAAUCCCAACAAGAUGCCUAUGCGAGGUUUUGGAAAAUAUUUAACAUUAAUUUUAUCCAUGUUUUAUAAUUUAUUUAUUAACACCAUAAAAAUUGUUUAACCUACCACAUCAUAUAACAGUAUGAAGAGAGAUUUGGUAGUUUGUGUUGCUACUCACUUUCUUGGUUAAGAUUUACCAAAGGUUUUGUUUUUAGACCUCAUCUAGCUUUAUCCAAGUGUGACUUCAUGUUGUUUUGAACCAAUGCACCAUAGCAUUUCCAGCUAUGUAGCACGGACACCCCUCCCAAAAAAAUUUUUGGUGUGUCGGACACGGACACGACAUGCAAAUACGUGUGUCGGACACGGCAAAAACCGUGUCGUUGACUUUUUCCAAGUUUGACCAGCCAGACACGGCUAGGACACGGCCAAGACACGUUUUCGGACACGUUUGGACACAAUUGUAACAAAAUUAAAAAUUUCGAGGGUAAAAAUGAAAAAUAAUAAAAUUAUGAGGGCUACUUAUUAAAAUCACAAAAAAACCCUAAACUACUCUUCCCACGCCCCCGAUUCCUUUUCUGUUUUCUCCAUCGCGACAACUUCUUCGCUGCGUCGCCUGUUGCUGCUCGAAGAAAGUUCGCCACAGCUCCACUGCUCGCAGAACCCAGCAGCAGUUCGUAGCUGCUCGCAGAAGCCCAGCGGCCAGCGUCGCCUCUCUGCUCAAGCCAGCAUCGCCUCUCUGCUCAAGCCAGCGUCGCCGCCGCUGCUUGCAAAAGCCAGGCGUCGCGUCGCGUCGCGUCGUCGCCUGCCCAACAGCAGCCCUCACAGAAGCCAGCAGCAGCCCUGCGCUGCUCACCGUCUCCCGCCGCUGCUCGCAACAGCUCUCCCGUCGCUGCCCUCUUUCUGCCCAGUGCCCUCUUUCUGUUUACUUGCCAUGGAAAGUUUUCAAAAUGAGAGUGGCAGUGCACAUGAGGAUGUUGAUGAUUAUUCUCCUUUGUGGAGAUUUGUAACCAAGGUGGAAAAGGCAGUUGGAGGAGGAAAUGUUACUUGGUCAUGCAAUAUAUGUAAUAAAGUGUGCAAAGGAUCAUAUUCAAGGGUGAAAGCACACCUGUUAAAACAAAAAGGUGCUGGAAUUGCAGGUUGUACGGCUGUUACAAUGGAUCAAAUGAAGCGUAUGCAACAACUUAUUGAUGAUGCAGAAUUGAGAAAGAAGAAUUCUAAACAAAAAGAAGUUCCGCUGCCUUCGUCAUCUACAUCAUCAAAUAUGGCUUCAAAAUCCUCAUUUUGUACUAGUGGUAUUUUGCAAAAUGAUGAUCCAACAAAGAAGAGGAAAGGACCACUUGGCCCGCUUGAAAAAUCCUUUAACUUGAAUGCCAGAGAUGAGCUCCACUCUGAAAUUGCAAGGUUAUUUUACACCGGGGGAUUAUCUUUCAAUAUUGCUAGGAAUCCUCAUUAUGUUCGUGCUUUCAGUUUGGCUACUCAACGAACAAUUCCAGGUUAUCUUCCACCUGGAUACAAUUUAUUGAGAACUUCACUUCUUCAAAAAGAAAAAGCUCAUAUUGGAAAGCUUUUAGAGCCAACAAAAGCUGCUUGGAAACAAAAGGGAGUUAGUAUUUGUAGUGAUGGGUGGUCGGAUGUGCAAAGAAGACCGUUAAUUAAUAUCAUGGCUGUCUGCGAAAGUGGUCCUAUGUUUUUGAAGGCGAUAAAUUGUGAAGGUGAGUACAAGGAUAAAGCUUUCAUCUCUAAGUUGCUCAUUAAUACCAUAAAUGAAGUGGGACAUCAGAAUGUUGUCCAAGUGGUCACCGAUAAUGCUCCUGUUUGCAAAGCUGCUGGGCUACUCGUUGAGGCAAAGUACCCACACAUAUUUUGGACUCCUUGCGUUGUGCACACAUUGAAUCUUGCUUUGAAGAAUAUUUGUGCAUCGACUGACUCUCUACAAAACAAAGAAGCCUUUGAUGAAUGCAAGUGGAUAGCAGAAGUAGCAAAUGAUGCUUCAAUGAUCAAGAAUUUUAUCAUGAAUCACAAUAUGAGAUUAUCCAUGUUCAACGAUAACUCAAACUUGAAGAUGCUAUCACUUGCGGAUACUCGAUUUGCUUCUACGAUCAUUAUGCUUAAAAGGUUCAGACAAAUCAAGAAAUGUCUUGAAAACAUGGUGAUUAGUGAAAGAUGGGAUUUGUACAAGGAGGAUGAUGUAGUGAAGGCCAGAGUAGUGAAGUACAAGAUAUUGGAUGAUCAAUUUUGGGAACAAAUUGAUUAUAUACUUGCUUUCACAAGUCCAAUUUAUGAGAUGCUAAGGAAAGCAGACACUGAUCAGCCUUGUCUUCAUUUAGUUUAUGAGUGGUGGGAUGAAAUGAUAGAAAAAAUGAGAGUUGCUAUCUCAAAGGGGCCUCAUAGUGGAGAUUCAAAGUUUUAUGAUGUUGUUCAUAAUAUUCUAGUGGAGCGAUGGAAUAAAAGCAAUACACCUCUUCAUUGUUUGGCGCAUUCUUUGAAUCCAAGAGUUUCUGACAGAAAAGUCUUGAGAUGGCAAUCCAAGGAUGCUGACACACAGACACAUGCUCUUAAAACAAUGGCUGCAUUUCUCGAUUGUACAUCAUAUAAUUUGUUGCAGCAUCCUCUUAUACAGGAUCCUAUUUUGGAUACAGUGGUUGCUUUGGGUGGAAUUCUUCAAUCUGACAACAUGAGAAUAUUAAAUUUGGCAGUAGGUGUGACCCAGAAAUUAGUCAUUAUCUUAGGGAAUACCAUCCACCAAUAUCCUAUUAUUGAUAUUACUGUUUCUAUGUCACACUUGUUGUCAUCUUCUCAAUUUUCUUUGGCAAUCUCGUCUGCGGCUGUAUUAAACCGCAUAAUUACAAGUCUAGGACAUACGAGGGGCAAAGUUCUUGAGGAAGUUUGGAAUACUUUGGACAAAGCUGAUUCAAUUGGCAAAGUUGUUUGUGCACUGCAAAAUUAUGUUGCUGGAACCCAACCGAUUGAGUACUUCCUCGCAAUGGCAUGUCUUCUAGAGUCUAUUCUUAGGAAAUGGCCUCUAUCUAGAUAUCCAGUUUGGAGCAAUACUAAGCUGAUGGCUAGUCUUCAACAUCACUGUGCAGACUCUGAAACUUCAGUAGUUAUUGGUGCUCUCAAAUUAUUUUCUGCACUAGCUCUCUGUGGGCAUGGGGCACUGAAGAUUCUUGAGAUCAAGGAAUUUCUUUCUUUACUUGUAGAAAACAUGGGAAAUUCCCAUCCUGUGGGAGUUAGAAUUGAGGCCUUAAAGCUAUGCCAGUAUUUAAGUAGAUCUGAAGAUACAUGCUAUCUACUAACUGACUCAUUCUCAGAGCCUCUUGUUCAAGGAAUAAUUGGUUCAAUAAGCGGAUGGAAGUCUUCAUGUUCUAAAAAAGUUCCAACUAAUCAGUUGCCUCUUGUCUUGGAGUCAUGUCGUGCUGCCCUAUUAACUCGUUGGGCUGGUAAACAUCAUUCGUUUUUCUGGAAACAUGAAAUCGACAGGGUACUCCUCGAUGUCCUUCUCGGUGAUUUCAUAGUGAUUCAACAAGCCAAAGUGGCAUUAUCAUCUGACGAGCUAGUAGCUAUAAUAUAUGAUAAUAGUGCUGAUACAAGACCCUUUGUAUGGGACAUCCUUGGGAAUCUUGCUGUCCACUGUGAAGAAAGCUUUCUUUCGAAAACUAGUGGAGCACUUUGCUAUCUUGAUUUUCUCAUUUCUUGUGCUUGCUCAGUUGCUAGAGUCUUAAUGCAGAAGGGAUAUGGGUCGUUGUCUUCCUAUAUGAAUGAGCUUGAACCUGUAUCAAGGGCGGUUAUGCUGAUGGUCUUUUCACCCUGCAAGUACAUUGCCUCUCAGGCAAGAUAUCAUCUUUCAGAAACUUUAAGACCUUUUGGAUAUGCCUCUUUGGAAUACGUAUUGGCUUCACUGAAACUAAAUGCAGUUGGGGAUAUCUCUUUAGUUUCUGACAGUCUUCAUACUAUCACUAACCUCAUAAGUUUGGCAUGCUAUUCAACUUUACCAAAAUAUCAUUUGAUUAUUGUUAACAGAGAUGGUGUAACCUCACUGUCUUCUAUCAUCAAGAUAUGCUUAAAUAGUAAUCUUCGUAUUAGCAGGUCAAGCAAUGCAUUUCAUCUGCAAAAUCGUUAUUAUGGCAGAGAAUGCUGUUGGAGUAAUGUGGAAGAUUUGGAAGGUGAAGAAGUUAUAUUGCUUUAUAGCCUUCUGGCACUUUCUCAGCUGAUAAGAUCUAGCAACAUUGCAUGUAAGAACCAUAAAGUAGCUUUAGGGGAGUUUGGUUCCUGUCAUGUGUGUGAGAACUGUAAUGCUUAUGAUUUGAUUAGAGGCCUACAGUGCAUCUUGAGUCACAGUUUUGGCUCUGCUACUAAAUGGUAUGCUGCAUACAUAUUGAGCUUCUCUGGUUUCUAUGGCUUACCAAGCAAGCUUGGAAAAAGAAUGGCAAAAGCAAUUGAUGAGAAUGAAUUAGCGGAUACUAAUUUAAAACUUUCAAGUGGUCAGUCUUUGCUAGUCCAUGCUCCUAUUAUUUUGGCUAGGUGUCUGUUCUUGCUUUCCAAAUCUAUUUUGAAGAAUGCAGAGGAUAAUGAAUGCACAGAUCAAACAGGCGAACAUCAUCAUGACAAAUUGAGGCAUGAGAUUCAAAUUUCAGAUCGCGUAGAUAGUGGUUCUCUUCUAAAACUUUUGGAAUAUGUGUAUACAGGAUUGAUACAAGUGGAUGAUAACCUCACAAAACAUGUGAAAGUGCUUGCGAAAUGCUGUAGCUUGGAGUCCCUGUAUGACAUGCUUAGCCGAAAGCUUCCAAAGUGGGGUGCUCGAUUCCCCAGCUACAAUUUAUCUGAAGCACUUGAAACAACAGGAGAUAAGUUUUCAGACAUUAUUCUUGAAGCAAAGCCAACGGAGGGCGUUGCUUGGAAUUGUAGCACAUGCCAAUCUUCAAUUCCACAUCUGCAUACUCACAAAAUCAUAUUGUCAAUCUCUUGUGAUUAUCUACAGGCUCUCUUCCGCUCAGGGAUGCACGACAGUUACUCUAAAAUUAUCAAGGUUCCUGUUGGCUGGAAAGCAUUAACCAAAUUAGUCCGUUGGUUUUAUUCGGGAGACCUGCCGAGUCUUAAUCCCGACUGUAUCUGGAACCAUUUGGACCCAGAGUUGCAGCUCGAGGAGCUGAAGGCAUACGUAGAGCUUUGUUCACUUGCUCAAUUCUGGUGCUUGGAAGAAGUUGAAGAAGAGAGUUUUAAAGCACUUGUACCAUGCAUAAGUUCACUCCAAGUGCCAUCAAUCGAGCUUAUUCGUUUUGCUGCGAGCCUCAACCAGCAUAAGAUCGUCGAUGCUGUGGUCACUGGUGUUGCUUCUCUCUAUCCCAAGUUGCGAGAAGGUGGUGAACUCGAAGACCUCGAAGAGGAGCUUGUUGAUCUGCUACGGCUGCAAUAUGUUCGGUACUCUCAGCAAAGUAACUCUUAAACGAGCAUUUAUCAGAACCGAGAUGUUUGAAUUCUCCAGAAAGGAAGGUGCAUGGAACAUUUUGCUAGCUAGAUCGCUUGUUCAUAUCCAAAGUAGUCUAAGUUUCUUCUGUUCAUCAGUUCAUGUAUAGUGGGAUAUAAGUUUUUGUUGUUAUUGGAAUGAUAUCAGGACGGAUCCUGAAAUUAGAAUUAGGGGCUUAAACUAGAAGUGCAAAUGAACCAAGUUUGUUCGUGAGUUUUUGAAUCGGUUUGAAAAAUA